AUGGUCAGCUCCUGUUGUGGCUCCAUCUGCUCUGACCAGAGCUGUGGCCGAAGUCUCUGCCAGGAGACCUGCUGCCGCCCCAGCUGCUGCCAGACCACCUGCUGCAGGACCACCUGCUGCCGCCCCAGCUGUGGUGUGUCCAGCUGCUGCCGCCCUGUCUGCUGCCAGCCCACCUGCCCUCGCCCCACCUGCUGCAUCUCUAGCUGCUCCCGCCCCUCCUGCUGUGGGUCCAGCUGUGGGUCCAGCUGCUGCAGGCCUACUUGCUGCAUCUCCAGCUGCUGCAGGCCCCAGUGCUGCCAGCCUGUGUGCUGCCAGCCCACCUGCCCUCCCCCCACCUGCUGCAUCUCCAGCUGCAGGCCCCAGUGCUGCCAGCCUGUGUGCUGCCAGCCCACCUGCCCUCGCCCCACCUGCUGCAUCUCUAGCUGCUCCCGCCCCUCCUGCUGUGGGUCCAGCUGUGGCUCCAGCUGCUGCAGGCCGACCUGCUGCAUCUCCAGCUGCUGCAGGCCCCAGUGCUGCCAGCCUGUGUGCUGCCAGCCCAGCUGCCCCCGCAUCUCCAGCUGCUGCCGCCCCUCUUGCUGUGGCUCCAGCUGCUGCCGCCCGAGCUGCUGCCUGCGCCCAGUGUGCGGCCGGGUCUCCUGCCGCACCACUUGCUAUCGCCCCACCUGUGUCAUCUCCACCUGCCCCCGCCCCGUGUGCUGUCCCUCCUCUUGCUGCUGA